AUGAGCGACUCUCUGCUCUUUGCACAAGGUGGACCACCUGAUCCCAUCGCAUACUUGCGUCGAAUUUCCGGCGAUUCUGGAGACGAACUUUCGGGAGGAGACGACGAGGGAGUGAAGAACGAGGCAGUGAAACCCACACGAGUCCAAGAGCCGCCCGCCCGAGAACGUCCAGCCCAAGGCCAAGCCUGGCCGUAUCGAGACACUUUAUCGUUUACACGGUCCCUUAUUUUCUACGGUUCCGGCGCAGUGACUCAUGAACAUGAAAGGGCUUGCAAGGACAUUCAAGAGUGUCGACAGAUGCGACAAAAAUAUUGUGGACAGGUUGGCACAUUUCGCAACAUGGCUGCAUUAAAGAAGCCCGACAUUACAUUUCGAUUCGGUAGAGAAGGCGUCGUCGAAUUAUACUCUGGGACCGACUCGGACACCAAUCUGUCGACAGUGCCAACAGUCAAGGAAUUUCGCGACGACUACCAUCGACUUGUAGAGAUGGUGAAUUCAGGUGCCAUGCGAUCAUUUUGUUUUCAGAGGCUUCAACUGCUGAGUUCAGCAUUCAAAACGCAUAUCACCAUGAACGGCCCUCAAGAGGCAAAAGAACAGAGCACUUUGUUGGGAACCGACUUUUACCGAACCUUGAAAAUCGACAAUCAUAUUCACGCAGCUGCCGCUCCUAGCGCAAAGCAAUUUGUCAACUUUGUCACUGGUAAACUGGAAAAGGAGGGAGAUACUGUCGUAACAUCUGACGGGAAGACUCUCAAGGAGAUUUUUGAGAAUGCUGGAAUUGACCGAGAUCAUUUGACUAUUGAUGCAUUCAAUGUUUUGGCCGAUUAUUCUGUGUAUCAACGAUUCGACAAUUUCAAUGCCAAAUACAGUCCCUUCCGCAUGGCAGAUUUGCGUAGAAUUUUCCUCAAAACCAACAAUGCCAUGGGAGGUCGCUACUUUGCUGAACUGAUGAAGCUAGUACUGGACCGACACGAGCAGUCCAAGGGACAUACGUCAGCUUGUGAGAUGCGUUUGAGUAUUUAUGGUAUGGAGCGAAACGAAUGGAAGGACUUGGCCACAUGGAUGACGACAGAUUGGGGAGGUGACUUUCCGGGCCCAGUCAUUUCAACUCACAAUCGAUGGUUGAUUCAAAUUCCUAGAUUAUGGCGCAUCUUCCGGUUGAAACCAGGCAAUGAGCAGACAUCCUUUCAAGCGAUGCUUGAAAACAUCUUUGCUCCCAUGUUUGAAGCAACGCUCCACCCAGAAGAACAUCCCGAAAUCGCAGAGGCACUGAAGCAUAUUGUUGGUUUUGAUUCGGUAGAUGAUGAAGGGCUAAUAGAGGAUCCUUGUGCUUGUCAGCGACCACAUGAGUGGAAGGGGACAAAUACCCCGGCAUACUGGUGGCAACUAUACUUCCUUUGGGCAAACCUCGAAGUUUUGAACUCAUUGAGAGAAGCACGAGGCUUGAAUACCUUCGCCUUCCGUCCUCAUGCAGGAGAAACUGGCGAUCCAAUGCACUUGGCAUCUACAUACAUGCUUUGCGAAUCCAUCAAUCACGGAGUCAAUCUCGGCUUGCAAGUUUCAUUGCAGUACCUCUACUAUUUGGAUCAAAUUGGUCUUUCUAUUUCUCCACUCUCCAACAACUUCUUAUUUCGAAAGAUUGCAAACAACCCAUUUCCAAAGUUCUUCCGACGUGGACUCAACGUAACACUUUCGACGGAUGACCCACUUCUGUUCCAUAUGUCAGACGACGCUCUACUCGAGGAAUAUUCAGUAGCACGGGCAACAUUCGAUCUCUCCAUGACGGACAUGAUGGAAAUUGCGAGGAACUCAAUUAUGCAGUCUGGGUUUAAGGAAGAAUUCAAAGAGAAGUAUCUUGGCAAGAACUUUCGUAAAGGGGCAACAUUUUGCGAUGAGCACAGCACUCAUGUGCCAUUGAUCCGUGCGAAAUUCAGAGCGGAACAUUUGGCUAUUGAGCACAUGCUUUGUACAUUGAUUGCUGCAGGAAAGGGAAAUGCAGUACUGGAGGAAAUGAAGAUCCAGUUUGGACUUGCACGGGAUGCUCAUAGAGAUGUCUUGUUCGAGAGUCUUGAUGAGGUUCCAGAAUUUCCAGAAAGAAAUCAAUUGUAA